AUGGCUGAUCUUACGCUUCAAUCAACUUACAAGUUGGUGUCUGGGUUUGAAAUCCCCGCGCUUGGGUUUGGUGUGUAUCAAACACCUGCCGACGUCACCGAAAAAGUAGCUUUGAAAGCGCUCGAGGUCGGAUAUCGCCAUAUCGAUUGCGCCAAGGUUUACCGAAAUGAAGCUGAGAGCGCCGAGGCGAUCCGCCAGUCGGGCCUCGAUCGCUCAAAGAUCUUCUACACGAGCAAGGUGCCCACCUCGUGCAUGGGUUACGAGCAGGCAAAGCAAGCCAUCGGGGAGAGCCUCACGGCUGCCAAGCUUGAUUACAUUGACCUUAUGCUGAUCCACGCACCCUACGGCGGCAAGGAAGCUCGUCUGGGAACGUGGCGUGCCCUGGUCGAGGCUCAGAAGGCGGGCAAGAUUCACUCGCUGGGUGUGUCAAACUACGGCAUUCAGCAUCUUGAGGAGCUGGAAGAGUACAUCAAGAACGGUGGCGGCGGCGAGAUCACCGUUGGCCAGUACGAGAUUCACCCGUGGUGCCCGCGCGAAGACAUUGCCUCGUGGCUCAAGAAGCGCAACAUCAUUGUGGAAGCGUACUCGCCUCUUGUCCAGGCGACUCGUAUGGAAGAGCCCCUGCUCAAGAAGCUCGCCGAGAAGUAUGGCAAGAGCCCCGCUCAGGUCCUGGUCCGAUGGAGUCUGCAAAAGGGUUACGUUCCUCUUCCCAAGUCAGCUACCGAGUCGAGAAUUCGGGAAAACGCCGAGGUCUUUGACUUCAUUCUGUCAGAGGAGGAUAUGGCCACAUUGGCACUCGAUGAAUAUGCGCCCGUCUGCUGGGAUCCGAUCCGCGACUGCAAGGAAUAG